CUCAUUCUCUCAAUUCCCAGAAUCUUUUUAUUUAUAGUAAGCGCAAUGGCUGCACGCUCUUCUGCAUGGAAAGAGGCCCAGGCUGAAAAGAGAAGAAAAGCUAGCCGUGAGCUUCGUCGACAACGAGGUUACGAUGCCAGAGCCCAUAUCCAGAAAGAUGCAGAAAGAACCAGAGGUAGAGCAUCGGCAAAGACAAAGGAAAUGUACAAGCAGAGGGUACGCAAAUAUGAGGAGUUUCUCGUCGAGGAACGAAACAUGCCCAAGGGAUACAAGAUUGGAGAGGGUCAUCCAGUUCCUACCUUACAAGACCUCAAAGCGUUUAUUCGCUGGCUUGUCGCUUCCACAGAGGGCACAAUUACUUCUGAUAAACGACCUACUAUGCACACGAUUCUGAUCCGUGCGCAAGAGUUUGUCCCAGGCUUUUUCUUUGAAACCGGAAACGAGAUCUCUAAUCAGGACCGAAAGGACCUCUACUACUGGAUUGAGCAUAACCUGGUCGAAGAGGGUCUCCUUUCAACUAUCAGAAAGCCAAAGUUUAAUUUCAAACUAGAAGACUUUGAGCGUGUCAUGACUACUCUCUGGACUGCAGAUGACCCCUUCUUCAUUUCCGGGCGACAUCGCAUUCAGUUUCAUUUUGCCACCCUUCAAUUUCUUUAUACUGGUGCCCGUGUGUCUUCCUUCACGCCUCCUUUAGCGGAAAGAGAUGGCAAGGGGCUCCGUUACAAGAAUAUUCAGCUUGUUUUGUUUCGUGCUCGUGAUGUUCCUUGGCGAGUCGGAUGGCGAGUCGAUCAACAGUUCGUCAAGAACAAUAAAGACCCCGAGAAUACGAUGUUUGGUACCGCGCUCUGGGAGUGCGAUGAACCCAUAUACUCGGGAGCCUUAUAUCUCGUGGCCCUGGCACUUGCAGACAAAGCUCUCUUCGGUUUUACCACACCUGAAGAAUUUUUCGAGCAGAGAAUCCCUGAGGGACAGAACGAGUUAGUCCUCCGAUGGAACGAUGAGGCCAGAAACCGAUGCAUCAUUCGAUCCGCAACAGCUGAAGGGGUCAGUGAAGACCCAAUGACCAAGGAGAGCUAUCAGGCCGAUUUUAGAAGGAUUAUGGCUGCUGCGUGUUACUAUGUUACUGCUACAGUUCAUGCAAUGCGCCGUGCCUUAGGUGCAGCGGUCGAAGAAAAGUACUCCCUGACACACACUGCUCAGAUCUUAACACAGAAAUCUACGGCUGUGUUUGGCAAUAACUAUCUCGCCGACUGUUCCAGCGUGGAUGCCACCAAUACCGUGAGACGGAAGCCUGUCGAACACGCUCAUGUGGAAUAUUUCCAGGGCUUCGGUCAGUUUCACGAGGCUGGUCUUCCACGUCGCCUACCAUUCGAGGAAGAGCAGAGUAUUGGGGCAGAUCCACGCCUGCAAGCCAAGCUGAAGGAGAUAUGUGACGUAUUAGACGGCGAGGAGUCUAAGCGUAUACAUAAAGAACACAUGGUACUGCGAAGAGAGAUUUACUCCAAAAGACUUCAACAAUAUCAAAGUGAAUGGGUUCAAAGUCGACGUGAUUGGAAAAUUCUGACCAGGGGUCGCGAGCGGUCUGACCAGAAACAACAGGUUGCAGAGAAGCAAGUGCUGUGCAAGCUCAUGCCUGAAUUGGGCCGUUUAGCGGCGAUAAUCUCAUCCAAUGCGCCCCUUUCAUUUGACGAAAAAGCCAGUGUGGUGAGAGAUCUCUAUACCCAAUGUCUUCGCGACUUUACUGUGGUCUACCGUCCGGGAGAAGAGCCUGUUCAGGGCCGCUGUCCAGUAGCGAGUUGCGGCCUUUGGUUAGAGUCCAAGUCGAGAUCUGGGCGGAAUUCACACAUCCAUGGUUGCCUACGACAAGAAUAUGCCCGUAGCACGAGGACCCCGCUUCGACAGGUCAAGUAUUGUUGGGAAUGCUUUACCUUCCACGAUGGGAAAAGCAGUGAAUUCGAAGAGCACUGUGCAAAUCACCUUCCCUCGAUGACCAGUCAACACUACGAAAUGAUGGUGUAUCGCAAUACCAUCACCCGUGCCGGGUACUGUAUUGAAUGCAUGUGGGAUGAACAGCGUUCCGCAGCCUGUCGGAUGAGAGCCUAUGAACGGAGCGACGAGCUGCGAGAGCACCUGGAAGGACAUAUCAGCCUUAGGUCGUGGCCCUCGGGAUGUCCCGAUCCUUCCUGCCACUACAACUUUUCGGAAGAGCAAGAUUAUCGCCGACACCUUCACGAUGUGCACCGUUACCACAAGACCAUCUGUGCGCCACCGGGAAAAGCGCUUAAGAAACGACCAUCAUCUGUGUUAGACGACAAGAUACGUCUAUGCCAAACUCAGCCCAUGCAGGAUAAGAAACCACCAAAGCGCCGCAAGAAACUCUCCACAAUGCCAGCACGGGAUGCGAAGGAGUUAGAGAUUAUUUUCUGGGACCCUCAUGCCGUACACCCGAAAUCCAUCGCGGCUCACGAGAGACUGAAAACUCUGGCAUGGCAUGCUGAGAAUUACCACAGCGCGGGUGUGGUGGGUGAAGACCAGAACCGCGCCGAUGCCUCAUCGGUCACACUUGACACUCCAGAUCUCACGGAUGAUAGCAGCACGUGCUCGAGUCCUUCCACAGCUUGCUCAACCUAUACUGCAGUUGACAUCGACCCACGGCUGUUAGAAAUACCGCCUCCCUUCUUGUCCCAGCCAAUUGAGAAGGCUGAUCAACCUAAUGCGUAUAGCCCCUGGGAGCAUGAAGAGGUUCAAGUCGGGAUCGAGCAGCUUGAGGCUGGGGACUUGCAUCAAAUAACCGAUGAUCUCUUGGAGCAGGAACUCCCUGGCGAAGAUGUAGCUUCAUCCGAAAUGGACACCAGGCCCAUCGAGCAGGCAUCAUCGUCUCUAACUAAGCUGGAUGAGGAGCCUGCCUCAUCCUUGGAUCUCAAUGCAUCUUUUUCCGAAGAGAAGACGGUUCCUACUGUACAAGGCGACGCCAGCAUAUGCCUUAGGGAGAAGAGGACAGUGGAGAAAUCAGAACCAGCCGGGCCUUUGACCAGAGCUAAAGCUCGUGAGCAAGCGGCUGAAUCCGUGCAGAUAUCUACAAGAUCACAUAGCUCGAGCCGCAAAGCUUUGCCCUACAGUUUGAAAGAAGAUGAGCUACUCAAGGUGCUCAUGAGAGAGUUAUCUACUCUUGACGCGGCGACCUCAGCCUUCCAAAAGCGUUUCCCUAGCCGAUCGGCAAGCUCGCUUCGAAAGCGCUGGUCUUCUAUACAACCGUCGUCACGGCGGUCGACUCGAUCAAGAAUACUGCGAAGUUCGCAAGGAUGUGAGUAGGUUGUAUAUAGAACACGAGCAAUAGACUACCAGAAUAAUAGUGAUUCGGAGUCUAGAACUUUGCUCGUCGCCAGCGUUUAUUGUCAUCAUGUAAUGCUUACUACGAUGCUCCAAGGAUUUUUUACUCUGAUACGAGUAUACUCGUUAUCUUCCCUUUCUUUUUACUACUUGUGAUUCAGGUUUCGAAAUGUUCAAAAGACUGGCUCGCGGAUUACAACUAUGAAGAUGAGCAUUGUAUUGUACGAGUUGAAG